AUGUUCAAUCCUCCGAUUGCAGAGGGCGACGGCGUUAGCACCGGUGGCAUUUUUGGAGAUACUGAUAAUAGUUUGUUUAGCACACCGCAACGGACCGCCGGAGUUGGUAAUGCUGUCGGAGGUACUCUGUUUCCAGGGCAGGCUAAUAUGACCGGAGUUGGGUUUGUGGAGCGAGGAUCCAGUUCCGGGGCUUUCGAGACUCCAUUGAUUCCAACAAGUCAGCCAACGGACAAUGAAUUAAAUGAUUGGUUUUUUAAAAUAGAGACCACGCCACAGAUUCAGAGGAGGAGUGCUUUUCCUGGUACACUCCGAAUGGGACGCGCUACUGGUGCCCGGCUCCUGAAACCAAGAAUUGAAACCUUGUUUCAGCAGUGGCAAGACGUUGUUGAGAUGUACGAUCUGUACAAUCUGAUCUUCGUUCCUUUUACCGGGGUCGACAACAACAAACGUUGUGUGACUUUUGGGGCUGGCCUUUUGUUUUAUGAGACAAUCGAGGUGUACACGUGGUUGCUGAGGGCUUUUUUGGAGGCGCAUAACAAGCAGCCCAGCCUUGUUCUAACUGACCAAGACCCGACCAUGCGCCAAGUUGUAGCUGCUGUGCUCGAUCGGUCUCUUCAUCGCUUGUGCAUGUGGCACAUUAUGAAGAAAUUACCUUCCAAGAUUACAGGAGAGGUCGCACAUAACUCUGAAUUUAGGGCUGCCAUACAUAAACUGGUAUGGAACAUUUAUAUUAAACCGGAGACGUUCGAGAGGAGAUGGGGGAAGCUGUUAGAGAAGUAUGGGCUCGAAGAGCACGAGUGGCUGAGAGACAUGUACAACAUUAAGGAGAUGUGGGUACCGGCGCAGAGGGUGGGGGACUUCAAGGCGGAUGAUCACGCACACGAGUUCAAGACGAGUUUGGCGAUAGAGAAGCACUGCACGUCAUUGUAUUCCCUGACCAUAUACGUUGAGGUUCGUAAAGAAAUCCUGAAGGGCCUUUUACACUGUUACACUACCGGUGUCGAAGAAGUCGAUGGCAAGAAGAUAUAUACCGUUACGCACUUGGACAAGAAUUCCGAUGUCGUCAAUGAUUUCACGGUUAAAGUUGAUCCAGAGGAGGACACUACAACAUGCUCGUGCAACCUGUGGUGCCGUAUCGGAUAUCUUUGCAGGCAUAUAUUCUGCGUCUUCCGGCAAACGAAGGUGGACGAAAUACCGCUUAAGUAUGUGGUUAGUCAUUGGGGACGUCACGUGUUGCCAAAGUCCGUUUUCCGUGUGGAGUUCAGGUAUGGGGUAGAUUUGUCUCCGGCGGCGUUGACCAGGAACAACCUGGAGGAUUGUUUUUCUGAAGCGCUACAGGCUAUGGUGGGCGACCGGGCAACAAUGGAGGAUUUGGUUGUGAAAAUCAAGGGCUGGACUAAAGAAAUCACUGAUGCUCGUCGUGGAAAAUCACACGCUGACGCACCAGAAACACAGGUUAUGGCUGAUUUGCUUGGAGUGGUUGUGGAAGGUGAGAGUAGCACCCCUGUUUCCUGCUCAAAUCCUCAAGGCAUACGCAACAAUGGGUGCGGCACCAACAAAUGCAAGAUUGGGCCAGGGGAAAGGGCUGUCCAGAUUCAACAAAAGCCCCAGCGAUUAUGUAGGACAUGGAACCGGUUUGUUACCGGGCAUGACUCGCGCAACUGCCCGGAGAAGCGAAAGAACGCAGAACCUUAG